AUGGAAAACGUCGAGAAAACCCAGAGUGCUUUCCAGCGACUCAAGGUCACCUGUGUCCCUCUGUUAGCCAACUCCCUCCUCUCCUCAGCCUCCAUUCCUACCACCAAUCAACUUUUAUCAAAUUUGCGCGAUACGAUUGUCUUGCUCAAACAAGAAGGCCAUGUGUUCGCUCCCGCAACCAUCUCAUAUGUCUUCUUCCCUAUUUCCUCAAUCUUACGUCGAAAUGAUCCCUCAUCCAUACCCGAUCGCACCAUGGAGAUCCUUCUGUCCAUCUUGGCCGAUAUCUGCGAUGUUUGGUGGUUAAAUAUGGAAAUGAUAGUCUGGGAGCAACUCUUCAUGUGGUGCAGCGCUAUCCUUGGUGGAAUUGACCGCAAGGGGAAAGGGCGGGACAGGGACGACGAGACGAAGACAGCUGCCGCUGCCUGUCUUUGGACACUGCUUCGAAGACGUACCAUCGAUGCAAACAGUCUGGCUCGAGGUCAACCUGAUGGUGAUCUCCAGAAGCUGGAGGCGAUUCGAUCACAUGUGCAAUCCCUCAAAUUUUUGCCAGUUUUAGGACAAUCGUUGAAUUCGCUCAUGGUCGCAGCCGAAUCCGCCCAUCCACCACUGCAGCGGACAUCUUUGAAGGUCCUCGCCACGGUCGUUGAAGAUUACCUCCCUGACGGCUUCGUACCCUCCGUCCUCCCUGGAACAAUCAGCACCUUGUCGAAGGUCGCGCUGGGUUCUGGAUCGGGGAAAGGAUGGGCCAACGGAGAUGUGGUCGCAGCCGCUCUCUUCGUUAUGCAACACGCCAUCAUACGAGCAAUCUCCGACGCAGCAUGCAUCCGUGAAGGGGCCAUUCGAGCGUACGACAAUCUUGAAGAUCUGACAGGUCUAGGCGCACAACGCGAGAAUCAGCACGCUCUUCCAAACACUCCUUAUUCGACCCCACGCACUGAAACCUGGCUACGCGGAACCGCCUCACAGCUACACAUUGCGCUUAACAGUCUCGCCCCUCUCAUCAAGCAUCAGAAUCCCUCUGCUCUCAACGGUCUUGCCGUCUUCUCUGUCGCCGUGCUAUCAAACACUACACUCACGCUACCCCAAUCACGGCCCCUCCUCCUAUCGUUUCUACUUUCGCUCAGGAUAUCAACUUUUGAGCGUGUCUCCGCUCAAGCUGAUGCAUCUCUCAGACACCUCCUUACAACUACAUCGACUUCUCGGCACAGGCUCCUCCAAGCCCUCCUCCACAUCUCGCACAAUUAUCUCACAUCCCUCCCUCGACUUCUUGUCUCUCAUGCGGACGCUAAGGUGGAGCACGCUGCUGAACUGGCAUCUCCGAGCGCCACGGUCCCAGGAAUACACUCCAUAGCGGUGGGAGUAGGCCAGCUUCUCGGUCCUAACGGUGGCGUCGAGAAAUGGGGUUGGAGUCUCCUUUCAAAUAUGGAAUUCGACAUCCCUUCCAUCACCAUUGCUCCGACAUCGGCCACGCAACUUUUACUCGAGAACGACUCCUCCGCGCCGCGCGUUGUCCCGUUUCCAGAACUCAAAUUGCGACACCUUGGUUCCCGUUCCGCACGAGAGGCCCUCGAACGAAUGCUGCGCUCGCUUGGUGAAGGAGGAGGAGACGGGUGCCUUUUUGCGCUGGAGUGGUUCCUGGACAGGUCCGCAGCGGCGAUGUGGUGUGCCUGUCGUCUUCUCGAAGGAGUCGGACACGUUUCGUUGAGCAGCCCUGCCGACGAAUCAGUGCCCAUACUUCGCAGCCGUCGUUUGGAAAAAAUCUCACGGGAUAUUGCAAAGCAACUAGCGGAAGACUGGGACGAAUGGAUCGAUGAAGACUCCCAAGACCAGCCCCCUGAAGACAACGUAUUGGUGGAGCACGUCCACGGGCUCGUCCAAUUGUCUUCAACCUCGUCUCACACCGCCAUCCAACCAUUUAUACACCGUGGCUUAUCGCUGCAACUCUUAUCCAUUACCUCUGGCAUAUUGGAAAGUCGUUUCCCGCCGCUAUUGCUACAGGCGCUAUACCCCAUCCUACAUGGCAUCGUAUCGGACAACUCUUUUAUCUCGACCUCUGGACUGGCUGCUCUGUCGUUCGUCACCAACGUCACCUCUUAUGCCACCCCUGCCAAUCUGCUACUAUCGAAUUUCGACUACGCUCUUGAUUCCGUGUCGCGCCACUUGUCGCGCAGGUGGCUCGACAUCGACGCCACUAAGGUGCUGGCAGUCUUAGUUCGCUUGGUUGGUCGCGAUGUUGUCCUAAAGGCCGGAGACGUGGUGGAGGAAUGUUUCGAUCGCCUUGACGAAUACCAUGGAUAUGAGUUGGUCGUCGACGGUCUUGUUGAGGUCCUGGGAGAAGUCGUCAAGGCCAUCGAGGAAGACGAAGAACACCAAGUGGCUCGCGCAUCGUUCCUCCAACGCCAUGCAGAGCCAGCUCCUUCGCUCGACGCCGAUAAACCAAUUGCAGACCCUUCCCCAUCCAAAGAUAAACAAAUUCAUCGAGACCACGGUGAAGAAGUCGAGUCGACCGCACAGCCUCCAUUGGCGGAGAUCCCUCCGACCCCAAGCCAAUUGUUGACAACUCAAAUCGUCUCCCGCUCCAUGUACUUCCUCACUCACAGCUCACCGACCAUUCGCGCCCGUAUCCUCUUGCUCCUCGCCCGCGCUGUUCCCGUCCUCCCGGAGUCCGCCCUCCUCCCCUCCAUCCACAAGGCCUGGCCGUUCAUCCUCAACCGCCUGGACGAUGCCGAGACGUUCGUCACCAGCGCCGCAGCCGUACUCAUCGAAGCGCUCUCCACGCACGUCGGGAACUUCAUGAGCCGCCGGAUCUGGGACGACGUCUGGCCGCGCUUCCGCACGAUGUUGGACCGCCUCUGCCGCGCCGAUGCGUCGAGCGCGCUCGCGCGGCGCGCGGGUGGUGCCGGGGUCGGGACCGAGUCGGCGUACACUCACUCGCACAGACUCUAUCGUGCGCUCAUCUCGACGAUGGCUGCGGCGGUACGAGGCGUGGACACCCAGGACGCAGCGUGCUGGGAGAUCAUCGUGCUCUUCCGGAGGUUCCUGAGGAGCGAUGCGCACGAAGAACUUCAGACCGCCGCGAGGGGCUUGUACAAAGUCCUCAGCGAGAACAACGAGGAUGCGGUGUGGUUGGGACUGGCAGCGACGGUCGGGUGGAUAGAAGGAUCGGUUGCUUUCUUGCGGGAGCCGAAGUGGAACGUAGAACGCAACGUAAAGAUGAUACUAGAGGGAGAGUGA